AUUGAAAACAAAAGAAUCAAUACAUCCUGUUUCGGCAAUAGACCAACCAAUUUCUCCCAUAUCGGCAACAAAAGUAUCGACAAAAGAACCAAUUUCUCUAAUACCGGAUACUGAUUCAAACAUUUUAAACACAGCGGAGGGUGGAGAUGGAGAUGAUGAAUUUAUUAACCAAGAGAAACACUGGCAGAAUUGCUGGAAUGCAAUCAGGCAUGCUGUUUCGAAAGGCCAAAUGUUGGCAUUGGAUUGCGAAGGUGACAGCCUUUCACGUAAAGGUAAAGUUCAGCUCCUGUCAAUAGCUACCCGGAAAAAGUCAUAUAUCUUGGACAUACAGAAACUGAAAGCGCUUCCGUUUGAGGGAGGUUUACGUGAACUUUUAGAAGACAAACACGCGAUUAAGUUGAUGUUUGAUUGCAGGGAGGAUGCUGAUGCUUUGUUUCACCAAUUCCAUGUAAAAUUGGAUGGUGUGCUCGACAUUCAACUGCUUGAGAUAAUGAAACGUCACGAGUUUGAGAGAAAAAAUAUAAAUAGGAAAAGAGGCGACCACACGUAUGGUGCGAUUUAUCUUAAAAGUUUAUUGGGCUGUAUUAAAGAAAAUAUUGAAUUCGAGGAAAUGGUUAAACAUAAGGAAUACGGAAAAGGGCUUGAAAGGGAAUGGGCGAAGCGACCUCUUACCGCUGAACAGAUAAAAUACGCAAAAACUGAUGUGCUGUCGUUAUUCUGUUUGUUUGACCACUUUAAGCCCGACGAUGAAGAAAUGACAAGGCUGAAAGUUGCAUCGCAGAUUUAUGUAGACUUAAAAAGGUCUAUUCCUUUCCGUGUGUACAACGAUUUCGAAAACAACAAGUAUCUUCCAGUUGACGUAAUUCCAGAUAAGGGAACAACCAGUUUUCCAGUUGGGUUUGUUUCAUGUACGACAUGUCAUCGGCUUUUUCCGUGGGAUGAAUUUUCCAAAAAUCAAUUGAAUAAGCACAAUCAGAUGUGUAGAACAUGCAAGAAAGUAAAGAAUGAUAAAGACGAAGAGAAAAACAGGCUUGCAAACUACGAGAGGGCAGAGAGGGAAGAAGAAUCAAGGUGGGACCAGUGUGAAUAUGAGUUAUAUGAUAGUGAGCCCGAGAGAGCAGAGAGGGAAGAGUGGGCAUAUGAAGAAGACCGAUAUGAUCAGUAUUGUGACAAUGAUGAUGAAUGGUGGUAAUUUUAAGAUGUUCUCAAUUUUAAACUGAUAUACUUUUGUAAGUAUUUGAUUGAAAACACAGACAACUUUUUUGUGGUCUUAUAACGUUAUUUCUUUUAAAUUGUCACUCAAAUUUGUAACUCACGAAUGUUCUGAAUUUAAGCUGAAAAAAAAUUGUCAGCUCCGUAGUAUAUGACAAGGUUAUUUUCAAUUCAAAUUCAUUAUAUUGAUGCAAGAAACACCUUUUAAGCAAUAACUUUAUAUGAUUAAGCUAAAAAGCACGUAAUUAUGACAUUUUUUUAAAUGAUGUAUUUUCAUGAUUAUUGCUUUCUUAUCGACGAUAUACCGGAAAGUAAUUUCUGAAAUGAGCUCAACUUAUGUCACCACAUAACAGCAAAGAAAUAGCGGAUAUUUGUUUAUUUCAGUGUAAGAUCAUAUUUUAUUUCACAAGUGUCAUAGAAAAACAUAUUUUCACGAGUGGCGAAGCCACGAGUGAAAAUGUAGUUUUUUUUAUGAUCACGAGUGAAAUUAAAUACGAUCUUACACUGAAAUAAACAAAUUUUCUGUUUCUUUUAUGCUUAUUUUCGGAGUUUUAUUUGUUUUUUUUAUUUAUUUCUGAAUUACCCCCUGUUUUGAAAAGGGUGGGCUUUACGCCGCUACCCGUGGCGCGCCCCUCAUGCAUAAUUAUAGCUGUCAACUUUUCUACUUUCGGUUUGCUGAGAAAUAGUUCUCUGCUAUUCAUUCUUAUAGCUUAAUAUUCGCUCGUUUUUUAUUGCAAAGCUUUAUGAACAGUAAACAAUGAAGUAUUAUUAGUGCACAUAUGUUCCAAAAAUAAUGAAAACACUUUUUAUUUUAAGAUGGACAUGAAUCAUAACCAAAUUACUACGCCGCUAUUUAAAGAAUGAAAAUUUGGAAGGUCAAAUGUGUUAGCAAAACAAAUGUGGAUACUCAUUGGAUUUUAACCAUUUUUCUUAG